ACGCUCACGCAAACAACGCCCAGCGCCGUGCCCCUCUCUAGUUUCCGCGCGUCACGCAAAGGUGUCACGCGUCACGCAACCCCAUGCGCCGUUCGCUAUGAAGCAUUCACGCCCAGCCCAACCGCGAGCACAAAAAACAUGCUAACUGCAAACGCCAACGAAGUGCGGACGCGUCUGGAAUCUUGGGCGGCGCCGUUCGCACUACCCCUCGUCCGAGAGGGAUAUCGCGUCUGGCUGCCGCACUCUGAUCACUUUGUGCAAGGUCUGCUAGACCUCUUCCAGCGGUCGCGCACAGGUGGAGUUGAUGAUUCUUCCCCGUCGCGCACAGAAGGAGAAGCAGGAAGUUCGACAUUGGCUUGUGACGCGCACGACUUCGAUGCGGCGAUGCGCCUAGACGAGGGUGAGACAUUGCAUUUACGCCUGAAAUGGGGCAGCUUCUACGACCUCUGGAAGCUGCCGUCGGUCGGCGCGUUCACGCUCGAUCUGGUGACAGGUGAGAUUGAUUCCACCAGCACGACGGACCUCUUCGCAGAACAAUUAUUGGAGGGUGCUUGAUCAUGGUCGCCGUUGCCCGGGAUGCCGUGGUGAGCGGGUGAGGGAUGAAGGAAACGACAUUAGGGGUGAAACUACAAACAAACGAACGAGAAGCAAAGAUAUACAGAGGGCUUUUGCUCCUAGGAAACAAGACAUCGGUAAACUCAGACGAAGCGACGGCAGUUUAGUGCCCGUCUUCAGUUCAUGUUGACAAGGCCGACACCUAAAGCUGUAGAAAGCAGGACGAUGCAAAAUGAUUGAAACUGCGCCAGUACUGUUUUGAAUCAAAAGUCGCACGAUUAUAAAUGUAAAACGCAUUAUUUUUUGUGUUUACCUGGUCCCACACGCGAGUCUUCAAGUUCAAAAUUUGCGACGUGUGGCAAAAGAGUG